AUGGCAGACGAUACUUCCAAAACUUCAACUUCGAUGGGCGCAAAAAGGAAGACCACUGUUAAACUUGGGGAUCUACUUGGAGCUCUCCCCCCUCUUGAAAAUGCUUCCAAUUCCAAACUCGAGGACCUUCCUCAAGGGCUUCUUCCACUAGAGCCCUUACAGUUGGAGGAAGAGUCUCCUGCUCUGCCUCCUGUACUGCUGCAAGUCCGCAGCAACAUGGCGAGAUUUCAAAAUUGCGUGCUUCUAACUCGUGUUGGUGGUUUCUACGAAUUGUAUUUUGAGAAUGCGACUGAGUUUGGCCCGCUUUUGAAUUUAAAAGUUGCACAGAGGAAGACAGGUCCGAAGACCAACCCGGUUUAUGUGCCUAUGUCGGGGUUUCCUUUCUUCCAGCUGGAUCGCUAUCUUAAGAUUCUUGUCCAGGAUUUGAAUCGUUACGUUGCUAUUGCGGAAGAGUUUCGCAAUGAUGCAGAGGCCAGAUCGAAAGCUGGUGGUUUGAUGAACGAUAGAAAAGUGUCUCGUAUCAUCACUCCUGGCACUUUGAUUGAUGAGAAUUUUAUGGACCCGUUUACCAAUAACUACGUCCUUGCCCUUCAUGCCCAAAAGCCCGCUAAGGAUGAGAUGGAAAACUCAGAGGUCAAGAGCGAUCAUCCUGUGCCCCUUAAUCUCGCUGAGAUGCCUAUCGGCCUCGCGUGGCUGGACCUGUCCACUGGCCAUUUCUUCACUCAAUCUACGACAUUUGGAAAUCUGCCGUCAUUUUUAGCUCGCAUUGGUCCCCGGGAAAUUGUUUUGGACGAGGAUAUUGAGAAGUCGAAAGACCAUGGGAUUCUUAGUGUUCUUGCAGAGGAGCGCCACCUUAUUACCUACAUAACUCCAUCUGCCGUUAAACCCAUCAAGGAUUGGGCACCCAUGCUAGAAUCACCGGUACCUCCAAGAACGGUAAAUGAUUUCGCUCCCGAAGAAGUGGCAGCUGGCAGUACACUACUCCAAUAUGUCGAGGAACGACUGCAAGGCUCGAAUAUGAAACUUCAACCACCGAUGAGGCAGCUUGAUACGAUGGGAAUAGACAAAAACACCAUGCGGGCGCUGGAAAUCAAGAAGACUAUGCGCGAUGAUCUUGAUACUGGGAGUUUGUUGAACACAGUUCGGAGGACUGUCACUAAGGGCGGCGCGAGGUUGCUUGAUAACUGGCUGAGCUCUCCGUCCACUUCGAUUGGUGUGAUUAAUUCUCGUCUUGAUCUUGUGACGUACAUGUUGGAGAAUGAGACAUUUAGAGAACGCAUCGCUGUUCUCCUAAGACGAAGCCACGAUUCCCAUCGUUUGUUGCAAAAAUUUGCCUUCGGUCGAGGGGAUCCGGAUGAUCUAUUAGGAUUGGCUAGCACGAUACGUGCAACACAAGAACUUAAGGUGACCCUUACUCAGAAUACAGCUGAAGAUGAAUGUAUGAGAGAAAUGAUUUCCCGUAUCAAUCUCGACGGACCGAGCGCACUUGCGGACCGGGUUGAAGAGGCUAUAGAUGAGGAAGGAGUAGUUCAACAGCAAAUCAUGGAAGAUGGCGAAGUGGGAGAGAUGCAAGCUCUUGCAGAAGCUGUCGUCAUUUCUGAAGGCUCCCGAGAAGAUGCUAACAUCCUCCCAAAAAAGAAGAAGAAGCCCACAAGUAUCAAAGAAUACUACUCCGAUGACAACGAAACCUGGAUCAUGAAGCCUGCGGCAAGCCCAACGCUGCAGCGACUUCACCAAGAUCUAGUAGAAUUGGCAGCUAAAAAGCAAGCCCUGGCCGAAGAUCUCAGCAACCGCUUAGGGGCAUCAAGUCUCACCCUCCGUUCUACUCCUGGCCUAGGUCACAUCUGCCACAUCAAAGGCAAAGACAUAAAGCGAGAGUUGGUAGAAGGAAAACGGGUCAGUUCAAGCAGAACUACCAGCUCGUUCCACCAUCCUGAAUGGACCAGUCUCGGUGGCCGCAUCGACCGAUGUAGAGACCAUAUCAGGGCAGAAGAGCAGCGUGUGUUUCGCCAACUCCGAGAGCAAGUUAUUUAUAAUAUCGUCAAACUUCGACGUAAUGCUAUCGUGCUCGACGAACUCGACGUCGCUAGUUCCUUCGCUCUCCUAGCUGCGGAAAAGAACUGGACUCGGCCAAUCUUGAAUCGUACCUCCACACACAAAAUCGUUGGUGGGCGCCACCCUACUGUCGAAGGUGGUCUUGAGAGGGAAGGACGCGGUUUCACUACAAAUGACUGUUUCGUUGGGGAUGUCGAACGAACAUGGUUGAUUACGGGGCCAAACAUGGCUGGCAAGAGUACAUUCCUGCGACAGAACGCCUUGAUUACCAUUCUUGCCCAAGUAGGCUCAUAUGUUCCUGCAGAGUAUGCAGAGAUUGGCAUCGUGGACCAGAUAUUCAGCCGUGUAGGAUCAGCAGAUGAUUUAUAUCGUGACCAGUCGACUUUCAUGGUCGAGAUGCUGGAAACGGCCGCGAUCCUCAGACACGCUACCUCGUGCUCCUUCGUGAUCAUGGACGAGAUAGGACGAGGCACAACACCUACUGAUGGCACGGCCGUGGCAUUUGCAUGUCUACAUCACCUGUACCAUCUUAAUAAAUGCAGGACUUUAUUCGCGACACAUUUUCAUGACUUGGCCGAUAUGGCAAUUAAAGGGGACAUGAAGGGUGUUGGCUUUUAUUGCACGGAUGUGGAGGAGGAUGAGGGUGGUGGAGAGGGCUUUAGGUAUGUGCAUAGGUUGAGGCAGGGGGUUAACAGGCGGAGUCACGCUCUUAAGGUUGCAAGGUUGGCAGGGCUGCCGGAGGAAGCUAUUAAUGUUGCGAAGGCUGUAUUGGAAAGGCAGGGUGGAUCUGUAUAA